AUGUUGCCCGCACUAUACCAUCAGAGACUUGAGGCUAGCAAAUUCACAUCAACCCGCGAGCAGCGGCGUGCCAUACACAGACUCAAUAAUUAUGUCUUGGGUACAGAGUACAAGCGCAAGGCUGCGAUGUUGGCCCCAGUGUCUAGAGAGAGCAAACGCUUAAAGCGGGACAAGUUCGAUCUCCUCGAUGCGAUACAUUUAGCUGAGUACGCUAUCGUUAAGCGGCCGAAAGGCAAAUCUGGUCAGCCAAUCGAGCCCGCCCACAAGUUUGAAGUCAACAUCGAAGCGGAUUCUUUCACAAAAGAAAAAUAUGAUGUAUUCCUCCGCUAUCAAAAGCAGAUCCACAAAGAUCCAGUCUCUCGUUGGCCCGAAUCCGCCAUGAAACGCUUUCUAUGCGGUGGUCUUGAUAGAUCAACGAAGAAGAACGAGAAAGGGAAGGUGCAGAAGCUCGGCUCAUAUCACCAAUGUUACCGUCUCGAUGGCAAGCUGGUCGCCGUGGGUGUGCUGGAUCUGCUUCCCCACGCUGUGAGCUCCGUCUACCUAUUCUACGAUCCUGAUCAUGGACACCACGACUGGGGCAAGAUCAGCGCCCUCCACGAGAUCGGCUUGUCCCUUGAGAAUCAAUACGACUACUACUACAUGGGCUAUUACAUUCACUCGUGCCUCAAGAUGCGCUAUAAGGCAGGCUUCCGACCGAGCCAGCUGCUGGAUCCGGAGACAAACGAGUGGAAUCUCUUCGAUGAUACGUAUCGGCAGAAGCUCGAUAAGCGGAAAUACGUGUCGCCGUCGCGGGAUGCGAAGGAAUCGCCGUCGGAGGAUCCACUAGCUGUCGGCCCGCAUGAGCCAGUCCCACAAGCCACAGAAGAAAGCAAGAAUGACACCACGAAAUCGAGAGCAGCUAAAUUUGCUGACGAAGAGGACCUGGAGCUCGAUGAAGAGGACUCGGAGAACGACGAUGCCGAGAUUCCGGAGGGCUCGUUAUUCGAUUACAAUGUGCCAGGCAUCAUGAAGAAAAACGAAGUCGUGAAGCUGGACCUUUCGCAUUGGAAGCUGGUCGUACGGGACUCGUUGAUCGAUCUUGAGGAUCUCAGAGACUGGGAGUCGUGGAAAAUCGAUGAUCCGAACUCGAUCAAAGGCAUCGCUGCAGAGCUUAUUGCAUCUACCGGACCCAAGCUUCUGAAGAACUCGGCCCUGGUGCUAUUUUGA